ACUGCAUCACCACCAAUGCGACCAUGGGAGAUGGCAUCAAAUAGGCAUCCUCCUUUGGCUCAGUCCAACCAACAUCACUUCUCCAGGGAACGCUGCAGCACAGCUGCACGAAGUAGGAGGAGUCCUCCUGUUCGCCAUCAGAGAGCAAGAAGGGAUCGUCUGUCUAGACACAAUUCUGUUAGCCAAGAUGAAAACUAUCACCAUCUCUCCUAUGGACAGCAGCAAGCAAUAGAAGAGCCCCAAGCCUUUAACCCUCCAAAUAUAUCCCAUCAUAUGUUGCACCCAGCUGCUCACCCACCACAGCAGAACACAAUGAUGGUUGACAUUCAUGAUCAGAUCCAUCAGGGUGCGGUCCCUGUCUCAUACACUAUGACAACGGUAGCGCCACAUCGAAUUCCACUUUGUACAGCCCAGCACAUACCACCCUGCAGCACACAGCAGGUCCCAGGUUGUUCUGUGGCAUUCAGCGGACAGCACCUUCCUAUCUGUAGUGUGCAUCCUCCAAUGCUUCAGGCGUGCUCAGUCCAGCAUAUACCAGUAUAUGCAGCGUUCCCACCUCCGAUUUCUAAUGACCCAUUCCUUUUGCAUCCUCCUCACCUCUCUCUGCAUCACCCCUCUCACCUGACACCUCCAGGGCAAUUUGUUCCCUUCCAAGCACAGCAAUCAUGCUCACCACUUCAAAGGAUAGAGAAUGAAGUAGAACUGCUUGGAGAACAUCUCCCUAUAGGAAGCUUUAUCUACCCUCCAUCAACUCAUCCACCAACAUUGACUUCCUCAGCUCCUAUCCAAUUCUUAACCCAUGAUCCUUUACACCAAGAGGUUUCAUUUGGAGUUCAUUACCCGCCUUUUAUGGCUCGAAGACUCACAGGGCGCAGUAGAUACCGAUCACAGCAACCCAUACCACCACACAGCCUGUUUCCGUAUGUGCUAUCAGUGCUUCCGGUGCCACCUGCAGUUGGACCAGCUUUCAGUUUUGAGUUGGAUGUGGAAGAUGGAGAGGUAGAAAACUAUGAGGCACUGCUGAAUUUGGCAGAACGUCUAGGAGAAGCCAAACCACGAGGACUGACAAAGGCAGACAUUGAACAGCUUCCAUCUUACAGGUUCAAUCCAAGUGAUCAUCAAUCGGAACAGACACUGUGUGUCAUCUGUAUGUGUGACUUUGAGGCAAGGCAGCUACUUAGAGUCUUACCCUGUAACCAUGAAUUUCAUGCCAAGUGUGUUGAUAAAUGGCUUAAGGCAAAUCGUACCUGCCCAAUUUGCAGAGCUGAUGCUUCAGAAGUGCAUCGUGAUUCAGAAUGA